AUGACAGAAGAAUACGAAAGUCCCCCUACGGACCUUAUCACCCUCACUAGACAUAUUUUAAGUCAACAAUAUGCUCUUGGUGAAACGGCAACUGGAGAUCUUACCAUGUUACUCAUUGGGAUUCAAGUAACAUCCAAAUACAUAGCUUCCAAUGUCCGUAAAGCAAGAUUAAUCAAUCUCGUCGGUCUGGCAGGAGCUACCAAUACUACCGGAGAUGAUCAGAAAAAGUUGGACGUUUUGUCAAAUGAUAUAAUGGUAAAUGCUCUUAGAGCAAGUGGGAAGGUGGCUGUCAUGGUCAGUGAGGAAGUGGAGGAAGCUAUUAUUGUCAAGGGUGAUUCGGGGACUUACUGCGUCGUCUUCGACCCCCUUGACGGAUCUAGUAAUAUCGAUGCAGGUGUCAACGUCGGUACCAUCUUUGGAGUGUACAAAGUGCUUCCCGGAUCAAAGGGUAAGGUCGAAGAUGUUCUGCGACCGGGAAAGGAUAUGGUUGCUGCUGGAUAUACUAUGUACGGGUCAUCUUGUAACUUGGUUUUAAGCACUGGGAACGGUGUGGACGGGUUUACAUUGGAUGAGUCUCUCGGUGAAUUCAUCCUGACCCACCCUGCCAUCAAGAUCCCUCCCAGGGGGAAAAUCUACUCUUUCAACGAGGGCAACUCGCUCCACUUCAACCCUCCAACAUUAAAAUAUCUCGAAUCUAUCAAAUACCCCGCCAACGGUAAACCUUACUCUGCGAGAUACAUCGGUAGUAUGGUCGCCGACGUUCAUCGAACGUUGUUGUACGGAGGUAUUUUCGGGUAUCCAGAUGAUAAGAAGAGUAAAGAUGGUAAGCUGCGGAUGCUAUACGAAGCCUUUCCCAUGUCUUUCCUAACUGAACAAGCUGGUGGAUUGGCGACUACGGGAACCCGACGGAUCUUGGAUGUGACCCCGAAAGACAUUCAUGGUCGUUGUCCAGUGUUUUUAGGAAGUAAAGAGGAUGUGGAGGAUUUAAUGAAGUGUUACGCAGAAUAUGAAGGUCCAAAGACGUGGUAA